UCCCUGCUGCGGGGCGUCGCGGCGGACGACGAGGCGACGCGGGCGGCUGGCCCGAGGAGGAGGAGUUCCGGUGAGCGCCCCGCGGCUCGGGCUGGACAUGGGGCCCAGCGCGCGGCUGGUGACCAUCAAGAGGAGCGGGGCGGACGGGGCCCACUUCCCGCUGAGCCUCCGCUCCUGCUGGUUCGGAAGGGGUAUCGAAUGUGACAUUCGUAUCCAGCUUCCGGUCGUGUCAAAGCAACAUUGCAAAAUCGAAAUCAAUGAACAGGAGGCAGUGUUGCAUAACUUCAGCUCUGCAAAUCCAACCAAAGUCAAUGGGUCUGCUAUUGCUGGGCCUGUGCAGCUCAGGCACGGAGAUCUGAUAACCAUUGUUGAUCGGUCUUUCAGGUAUGAAUGUGAAAGUCCUCAGAAUGGAAGCAAGUCACCUAAAAGUCCAAGGAAAACCCACGAACAGGAGUCGACCCGUCGUGUCUCAAGGGCUGGCAUUUCUUCUGACCCCGAUGAGAAAAAUCAGGACUCCAAAGUCCAUUCAGAAAUCGCUGAGGGAAGUGUCUCAGGAAGGCCUCCGACGCCUGCCAGCCGUGUCACCAGAGCCAGCCGUGGCUCAGAAGCCAGCGGCGCCCAGGGAGUGCCUGGUGUGCAGCCGCCGGAGCGUCCUGGACGUGGCGGACAUGCAGGAGCUCUCACUUCCAAGGGGUCCGAGCGGAGUUCGGAGGGAGCGGUGGCGAGCUUCGAUGGAGGGCUGGAGCCUCUCCCCUCCACACCAGGUCUGCACGAGGGCAAGAACGAGGAGUCCCCCUUUCAGGAGCUCUACCAGUCCCUCAAGAAGGAGUUGGACGUCAAGUCACGAAGACGCAGCGCUCUGCAACUUCGCAGGCCGUCAGGAUCACAGGCCGACUUGAUGGCGGAAGCGACAAGUCCCGACGCCCUGCAGAGAGCGGGCCAGCAGACGGGCUCGGGGAGGCCCCGGGCGAGGUGUGGCAGACCCUCACUCGGGCAGUGGGAGCCUGAGCCGGAGGGCAGCCCGGCGCGGCCAGGUGCGGUGGGCCUCACGCCCACCCAGAGCUACGCCCUUGUCUCUGGAGUGAGCAGAGUGAAGAGCCCAAUGCAAUACUCACACAAACGAAAAUACGAAGACCUGUGUGCUGCCGAGGGCAGAGAGCCCGCCGAGUUAGUUACAGGCGGAGGCAGCGAGGCCGCUGCUCGGUCGGUCAGUCCCGGGAGGCUCCCGAGCCGGACACCAGCAGCAGCGCAGGGCGCCUCCUCGGCGGCCGGCACGCCAGCACGCCUCUCUCCCAAGAGCAGAAGGAGCGUCCCUGCACGUGUGGCCGUCCUGCCGAUGGAGACGGAAAUCCAGAACCGGCCUCUGGCUCAGUGGCCUGCUCGCACGGAGAAGAUGCCGAAGGACUCCCCCCGGAAGCCUGAAAAGUCGGAUCCUACCCAGACUUGCUCCGGGUUACCUGGUCUUAGUUCAGUUGAUAUCAGCAACUCUGGCGAUCCCAUUAGUAAGAAUGAGGGGAUGUCUUUGAAAAGAAGGCGCGUGUCCUUUGGUGGUCGUCUGAGGCCUGAAUUGUUUGAUGAGAACUUGCCUCCAAAUACGCCCCUCAAGCGGGGAGAAACACCGGCGAAAAGGCGGUCUCUCGCCACGCCCACCGUCCUGAAAAAGAUCGUCAAGGAAAACCCUCAGCCGUCAGGACAAGAGCCUUCUACGGACAUCUCUGUGGAAGUGCCCACACAAAGCCUGCUGCGGAGUCCUGCCCCUGGCGCUCCGGGUUCGAGUGCAGAGAGGCGCAGGUCGGGCAGGCUGUCCUCGGCCUCUGGUGGCAGCUCAGCCCCCCAGCAGGCAGGCUUCGCUAGGAGAGCAGGGAGGAAGAGUGGCACCUUACCUUCCAAGAGGACGUCCGUCGGUCGGAGUCAACAUGAUAUUUUACAGAUGAUUUGUUCCAAAAGAAGGAGUGGCGCUUCAGAAGCCAAUUUAAUUGUGGCAAAGUCGUGGGCGGAUAUAGUGAAGCUUGGCGCGAAGCAAGCACAGACUAAGGCUGUAAGGCCUGGUCCUCCAAGGCAGGUGAACAGGAGACAGAAGAGACCCGACACUCCCAAGAAGCCUGCAGACCAGCUGCCCGGUCAGUUUAGUACAGGCCACGCCAACUCCCCCUGCACCAUCGUCAUAGGGAGAGCCCGUGUGGCCAAAGUGAGUGCGCCUGCUCGGCCUUACAGGAUGCUCAACAACCUUGCUCUCAACAGCAGAGUGAUGGACUAUAAUGAGGACCUCUCAGGGCUGGCUGAAAUGUUCAAGACCCCCGUGAAGGAAGAGCCGGCCACGAGCACCCGUCCCGUCGCUCUCUCAGAGAAUUUGCUUGGAAAAAAAUCGGAAGUGAAUGUUUCGGGAGAAAAGUCUGCGCCGCCCACAUCGGAGACUUUGGGAGAAAAUGUGAUCUCUCGUACCCCAAUCGCAGCAAAAUGGUCACUUGAUGAGUAUUCUGCAAGCCCUGCGUUAAGGCGGAAGAGCACACGGGGGAAAGGAGAUGUGAAAACGCCUGGGAGCGGCUCUAAAGUGACUCCUGUCAGGAAUCAGGCCCCAUGUUCAGAGACAGCGUCUACUUUAAAGAGGUUGAGAAGAUCUGCAGAGCUUGGGAAUAUUCAGGUGACACCCUCAGAAAGUGAAGACAAGCAGACACAGGCCGGCCUCGCUGAGCGCGUCGGCGGAAGAACUCCCAGGAAGACGCCACAGCAAGAGCAGAAAGCAGCGGGGGACGGAGAAAGUUCUGAAAGGACAACUCCUCUGAGGAGAUCGAGCAGAAGUUGGGGGCAGAAGUGUGAAUCCACUGAGGAGCGAGGGCCCAGCUGUGAGCUCUUUCAGGAGCCGGUGAACGCGGAGAGCCAAGCCACCGAGGUGCCCUGCGGGUCUGCACAAGCAGAACUCACCAGAACCCCGGCCAGCAGGAGAUCGCUCAAGACUCCUCCCGAGGCGAGGAUUGAGAGCGCAGAGCGCUCGGCACAGAAAAGGCCGAAGCGUGCCGACACGCUGCAGGACGACGCAAGCGCCGGGAUGGGCAAGGGAGCGCCAGGGCACAGUCUCGACCUGGCAGCCUUCCUGACGAGCAUGAGGAGGUUGCCCAGAACUCCUAGGAACAAGUCCCAACCCCUAGAAGACCUUACUGGCUUCAAAGAACUGUUCCAAACUCCAGAAUUCUCCAAUGAGUCUUUGGCUGUUGGCAAAAUAACUGUAGGGCCCUGUAGGACUGCUCAGCCCGAGUUGGCAAGCCCCAGAACACAGCCUAAGACGCCCCUGAAGCAAGCACAUGUCGACCUGGGAGGAGCACUGCAGACGACCAGAGAAGCUGUGCACACACCCAGAGCACCACGAGGUGAUGGCAAAGAUUUUGAAACUUUUAGCGAGUUGGCAAAGCAGAAAAUGGAUGCAGCAGCAGUUGUAAAUGGCAGUAAGAGAGGGCCAAGGCGGCCCAAAGAAAAGGCCGCGGUCUUAGAAGACCUCGCUGGCCUCAAAGAGCUCUUCCAAACCCCAGAUCGUGCCAGCAACCCAUCGACUGUUGAAAAAAUUACAGAAAUUCCGGGGAAUUUACCACAACCAGAACUCACUCAAACGCCAACACGUUUGAAAAGCCGACUCGGGACAAGCCUUGGGAAAGUGAAUAUACAAGAACGCCUAGAAUUGAGGAAACUGACAGAACCAUCAGAGGAAGCCGUGUUCUUACCUCAAGAAGCAGCACGUGCUGAAAAAGGCAUUAAAGCAUUUACUGAAACUCCCAAGCACAAAGCGUACAUGACAGAAAAGACAAGAGGAGGUGGGAGGCGGUCUCAGACACCUCGGCAGAAGGGCCCGGCUCUGGAAGAUCUGAGUGGCUUCAAAGAGCUCUUCCAAACACCAGGUCAUGCCACAGACACAAUGUCACCGCAGCCUGGGCCUGUGCAAACCCCAGCGAGGAUGAAGGCUCGGCGCAAGGUGGGCUUGGGGAAAGAGGAUGUGUCAGAAGAGCCGCUGACUCCCGGCAGACGCACACGAUCCGCAGACAAAGCCGGGCACACGGCACAAACACCCACAGGGAACGUGAAAGGCAUCAAACAGCCUGUGGAGACUCCCAAGCAGGAACUGGACCUGACAGAAAGUUUCAGUGGACUUGGGGGCCGGCCACGAACACCUAAGGCAAAGGACCAAGCUCUGGAAGACCUGACUGGUGUCAGAGAGCUCUUCCUAACCCCGGGUCACACCAAAGAUCCCAAGAGUGGUGCAGAGGCCACUGAGAUAACCUUCAAAGUGCAGCAACUGGAACCAGCAAACACCCCAGCAAGCACGAGGAAACGACGGAAGACAUCUCCGAGAAAUGAGACGUCAGGACAGAAGAUGCUCACACGACUGUCAGGGGAAGCCGCGCCCUUCCCAAAAGCACCGCUCAGUGAUGAUAAAAGUUUUGAAGUUUCUAAAAUUCAUGCUGAACAGAAAGUUGAUCCAGCAAGCACGGUAACUGACAGCAAAAGCCAGCGAGGUACACGUGAGGAAAACUCCCAGCCCGUGGAAGACCUGGCCGGCUUCAAAGAACUCUUCCAAACACCAGGUCAUGCCAGAACUCCCUGCAACUCAGGAGAAUUUGGCCAAACCCCAGCCAGCUUGAAGGGUUCACGUAAGAGGAGUCUGAGGAAAGUACAGGGAGAGCUCCCGGCACUCCAGCCUACACGGUCAUCGGACAGAGCCCCACGUACACCCCUACAAACGUACGGCGUGCAAGAUGUGAGAGAAUUUACCCACACUCCAAAGCAGAAACUGCAACCAGUAGAAAACUUAAGUGGGCGUAGGGGACGCUCAUGGACUCCUGAAGUGGAACAGAGUCUGGAAGAUCUGACUGGCUUCCGAGAGCUCUUCCUGACACCGGGGCACCCUGAGGGACCAAAGAGUGGUGGGGAAAACUUGCAAACACCUUGCCAGUCUCCACGAGCAGAACCGGAGAACGUCUCGGCGAGCAUGAGGGCACCCCCCAAGACACCUGCAGCCACAGUAGGUUUAGAGGAGCACUCGGCACUCACGCUCACCCAUGCCUCCCGGGAAACAGUUCUCACGCGAGAAGAGGAAGAAGAUGAAGACAAAACCAUCAAAGCUUUUAAGAAAUCUGCAAAGCAGAAAGCAGAGCCAUCAACACGUGUGACUGGCAGUAGACGGUCAAAGGCCCCCAGAGAAGAGACCCAACACCUGGAAGACCUGACAGGCUUCAAGGAGCUCUUCCAAACACCGGAUCACACUGAAUCCAUGAGUGAUGGGAAAAGCACCAGGACAUCCUGCAAGCUCCCUGCAUUGGAGAGCACCCCGGCCAGCAGGGAAGCAUGGUCCGAGACACCUGGGAGGGAACUCGUGCCGACGGACACCUUGAAAACAUCAGAAGGUGAUAUGGACGUAAAAACUUCCAAGCGGUCUUCUAAGCAGAGACUGGAUCUAGCAGGAAGUGUAGCUAGCAGCAGGAGGUGGCCACGAACGCCCAAGGAGAAGGGCCAGCCUGAAGAAGAUUUGGCUGGCCUCAGAGAGCUCUUCCAAACACCCACUCAUACUGAGGAAUCAGUGAGUGAUGGGAAGACCACUGGAAUAAGCUGCGCAUCUGAGCAGCGAGCACCAGCAAGCAAGGGGCAUCUCAAGACAGACCUCACUAAUGUAAAUGUGCCAGACGAGUCUUCAGUACAGACAAAUGGUACGCAAAUGUCAAGAGAAGCUGCCUACACACCCAAAGUGUUAGGAGUCCCAGAAGGUUGUGAAAAAGAGGUCAAAAAAUUGAAGGGAUCUGCAAAACGGAAACUUGACUCACCGACAAGUGCAGCUGGAGGCAAGAGGCAGCGAGAGACACCUAAGGACAAGUCCCAGCCCUUGGAAGACUUAGAUGGUUUCAAAGAACUCUUCCAAACACCAGUUCACACAGAAAAACCAACUGGUGAUGUAAAGGCCACUGAAACCACUGACCUGUCCAAUGCACCAGGAGCAGAUUCGAUGGACACUCAGACCAGAACAAGGAGGCAGCUCAGGACAGCUGUCAAGAAAGCAGAUGUGAAAGAAGAGGUCUCGACACGGACACGCAGGAAGCUCCCACAGCCAUCAGGGGAGCCCGCACCUGUGCCUGGAACAGCAGAUGAAGACGUCAGGGCCUUGGAGGAAUCUGAAGAGCAGAAACUGGACAUAGCAGAAAAUGUGAUUGGCAACAAGAGACAGCCAAGAACACGUAAGGCAAAGAUUCAACCCGCAGCAGAACCUGAUGGCUUGAAAGAGCUCCACACAGCAGAUCACACACAGGCAUCAACAACUAACGAGAAAACCACUGACCUGUCCAAUGCUCCAGGAGCAGAUUCGAUGGACACUCAGACCAGAACAAGGAGGCAGCUCAGAACAGCUGUCAAGAAAGCAGAUGUGAAAGAAGAGGUCUCGACACGGACACGCAGGAAGCUCCCACAGCCAUCAGGGGAGCCCGCACCUGUGCCUGGAACAGCAGAUGAAGAUGUCAGGGCCUUGGAGGAAUCUGAAGAGCAGAAACUUGAGUCAGCAGCAGGUGUAAUUGGCAACAAGAGACAGCCAAGAACACGUAAGGCAAAGAUUCAACCCGCAGCAGAACCUGAUGGCUUGAAAGAGCUCCACGCAGCAGAUCACACACAGGCAUCAACAACUAACGAGAAAACCACUGACCUGUCCAAUGCUCCAGGAGCAGAUUCGAUGGACACCCAGACCAGAACAAGGAGGCAGCUCAGAACAGCUGUCAAGAAAGCAGAUGUGAAAGAAGAGGUCUCGACACGGACACGCAGGAAGCUCCCACAGCCAUCAGGGGAGCCCGCACCUGUGCCUGGAACAGCAGAUGAAGACGUCAGGGCCUUGGAGGAAUCUGAAGAGCAGAAACUGGACAUAGCAGAAAAUGUGAUUGGCAACAAGAGACAGCCAAGAACACGUAAGGCAAAGAUUCAACCCGCAGCAGAACCUGAUGGCUUGAAAGAGCUCCACGCAACAGAUCACACACAGGCAUCAACAACUAACGAGAAAACCACUGACCUGUCCAAUGCUCCAGGAGCAGAUUCGAUGGACACUCAGACCAGAACAAGGAGGCAGCUCAGGACAGCUGUCAAGAAAGCAGAUGUGAAAGAAGAGAUCUCGACACGGACACGCAGGAAGCUCCCACAGCCAUCAGGGGAGCCCGCACCUGUGCCUGGAACAGCAGAUGAAGACGUCAGGGCCUUGGAGGAAUCUGAAGAGCAGAAACUGGACAUAGCAGAAAAUGUGAUUGGCAACAAGAGACAGCCAAGAACACGUAAAGCAAAGACUCAACCCGCAGCAGAACCUGAUGGCUUGAAAGAGCUCCACGCAGCAGAUCACACACAGGCAUCAACAACUAACGAGAAAACCACUGACCUGUCCAAUGCUCCAGGAGCAGAUUCGAUGGACACCCAGACCAGAACAAGGAGGCAGCUCAGGACAGCUGUCAAGAAAGCAGAUGUGAAAGAAGAGGUCUCGACACGGACACGCAGGAAGCUCCCACAGCCAUCAGAGGAGCCCGCACCUGUGCCUGGAACAGCAGAUGAAGACGUCAGGGCCUUGGAGGAAUCUGAAGAGCAGAAACUUGAGUCAGCAGCAGGUGUAAUUGGCAACAAGAGACAGCCAAGAACACGUAAGGCAAAGACUCAACCCCUAGAGCACCAGGAUAGCUUGAAGGGACUGUCCCCAACACCAGGUCACAUGGAGGAGCUGAACGUUGGUGUCCAUACCUUCAAGGACAUCCCAGAGGCAACCCCCGACAGAGCAACGUCUCCUAAAAUGCUCCAAAGAAUCCUGAGGGCUUCUAGAGUCAAAGCGGUGGAAGACCCUGCAGAAUUGCAGAGCACAAGUAGCCGUCCCCUGGCUCCGCAGAGCGGGUGUGGAGAAGACGGAAGCCUUCCAGGAGCCAAGAAAUCGUGCUCGGUGGAGCUUGUGGCAAAGAGGCCAGCCAACAAGAGACAGAGGAGUGCCUGCAGCGAGCAGGACCAGUCCCCGCAGCCUGAGAAGACGGCGAAACGCCCGAGGACCUCUGCGAAAAAGAUGGCAGAAAAUCUCAACACCCAAAACAAAGCUGCAAAGCAGGAAGUUGAAGAAGCUCCGAUCACUCCAAAUAAGGAGAUGCCCUCACGCCGCAGAUGUCGAAAUAAAACAGAUGUGGAAGAAAGGCAAACACUUAGGUUCCUUCUGCCGGCGGAAAACAUUAAAAUGCAGAAAAAUGAGGUCUUCGAACAGCAGGAGCUACAGAAGCCAGAUGAGGGAGCCGAGAAACUUCGGUCCAGGGGAACGCGCGUGAGAUUCGGGAAGGAGAACACGGCGGCAGUGAAGGAGAGCGGCACACGGGGGGACGCGUCCGUGAAGACUGAGCGCGGGCUGCAGGCAGCUGCACCCGGGGAGCCCCGCGUCCGCCCUGGCGCGGACUCCCAGAGAGCGACCCGGGCAGGCGGGCGGCGGGCGCACGACCCAGACAAAGAUAGACCUUCUGUACACCAAGAAAACGAGGACCAGAAGGCGUCGCGAAGACGUGCAGCAGUGAAACCAAAGCGGGGAAAUACGUCAAGCCAGUUCACUGAAUACUUAGUGUAAUUUUUGCUUUCUAUGUAAAAUGGGUUCUGUAAGUAAUGUUAUGUGUCUGUUUGAGAAAGGGUGGACGUUCCCAGCUCAGUGGUCUUCAAAAGAUCAUGAAGGGGCUUGCUGGGUCCCCCAGAGGUUUAAACAUUUAAAAAUUACAGGGUGGGAAGUGGGUUUGGGGCCACGGCUUUUUUCAUAAAAUAAAGCCCUGGAUUUCCUCA